AUGAGUGACCAAAGAGUAACCUACGCAGAACUGAAUCUGGCUAAGGAUGCAAAGAGACAGCACAUGAAACCUAAGGGCACUAAAGGCUCCAUUCCAGGAACUGAGCAGGAACUGACCUAUGUAGAAUUAAAUCUUCAAAAUGCUUCUCAGGAUCUUGGAGGGAGUGACAAGAGUAACCACUGCAAAGCAUCCCCAUCACCUCCAGAGAAGCUCGUUGCUGGGAUCCUAGGGGUCAUCUGCCUUGUCCUGAUGUGCACUCUAGUAACGUGGAUAAAUUUUAAACACUGGAACCAGACAGGGAAUCAGAAAACAGGGAACCAGAAAGCAUAUAAUUGUGGUCGAUGUCCACCAGAGUGGUUAAUAUAUUCCAACAACUGCUAUUACAUCAGCACUGAAAAAAAGACAUGGAAUGACAGUUUCAUGGCCUGUGCUGCUAAGAGCUCUAGCCUGCUCUAUAUAGAGAAUGAAGAAGAAAUGAAUUUUUUGAACAUUUUGAAAAUACGCCCAUGGACUGGACUGUCCCAGAGAAAUAAUACUAAUUCUUGGGCGUGGACAACUGGCACAACUCUCUCUUCUGAACUAUUUUCAAAAACUUCCAAGUUGGACAAGAAUUGUGUAUUUGCGGAUUUCCACAGCCACAUGUUCUAUUCUAAAUCCUGUUUAGAAAACAUAACAUAUGUUUGUAAGCACCAGGCACAAUAGCUUAUACAAAUGUAGUAUAAUGUUCCUCUCACCAUCCCUAAAGAACACAUUUCUAGUUUCUUGUAUGGGUCCAAUGCAAUCCCCAUCAAGAUUCCAAUGACAUAUUUUACAGAAGUAGACAAAAAAAAACAGUCCUAUGUAUGUGAAACCACAAAGGGCUUUUAAUAGUGAAAUACAUCUGAUGAAAAAGAACAAAUCAGGGGUGUCACAUUUCCUGAUUUCAAACUAUACUAUAAAGCUAUAGCCAUCAAAUACUGUAUGAUCUCAUGUGUAGAAUCUAAAAAACAACAGAAACAACAAUGAAACAAGCUCAUAGAAAAAGAGAUCAAACUUGUUUCCAAAAAGUGGGGACAUAGGGGAGAGAAGGAAUUAAAGGAAGUAGUUAAAAACUACAAACUUCUGAUAUAAGACAAAUAAAUACUACGGAUGUAAAUACAACAUGACUAUUGCUAACCCUGCUGUAAGAAUCACAGUAGUUUCCUCAGUGUCUGCAGAGUGUACAUUAAAAGACUCCCAGGAGAUUCCUGAAACCAUGCAAAGUACUGAACUCUGUUGUGUACUAUAUUUUUUCUAAAUGUACAUACCUAUGAUAAAGUUUAACUUAUAAAUUAGGCACACUAAGAGAUUAGCAAUAAUAACCAUUAAUAAAAUAGAACAAUUAUAACAAUACAAUAUAUAAAAGUUUUGUGAAUGUGGUCUCUCCCUCAAAAUAGCUUGUGUUGUAUUCACCCUCCUUUCUCUUGUGAAGAUGUGAGAUGAUAAAAUGCCUUCAUAAUAACAUGAAGUGAGAUGAAUGACAUAGGUGUUAGGCUACUGUUGACCUUGUAUCAAUAUCUCAGAUGGAGGCUUACUGUUCACAAGGCUGUUAGAUCAUCAAGUCACAACAGUGUUCGUGGUUGGAUGUCAGGAGCAGACCAUGUCAGUGGUUAGGGAUAGAUAAAGGGUUUUUGCUGAAUACUUUUGGAAGAACAUUGUUAUUAGAAGUUGUUGUGUCUUUCUUUUCAUCUCAUGAACAUGAUGCAGCAAAGGUUGUAAUCCUUUGGUGAUCAUAUGAGUAACGUUACUGCUGCAUUCCAUCCAAUGAUUUUAUUCUAUAAGGAUUGUAAAAUAAGGGAGAGUUGGAAACCACCAUGAUACCACAACAGCUUAUCUCAGUGAUUUGCAGGUGGUAUGCCACAAGAAUUUUUAAAACAUGAAAUAUCUGACUGUUUAGUCAGGAACACUGACCUCUUCUUGCUUAGACUGUUAAAUUAAAAAAAUGACAACAGCCAACAGUACACCAUCUGUGUGAAUGCCCUUUCCUCAACCAUGAAUAUGUAAUAUUCAUACAAUAUUCACAAUAGUCAUGUAAUAGAGUUGAAUCUUAUUGGUCAUAUUACAUUAUAACCUUGUGUCUAGUUAUUUAAUUCUUGGUACCAGACAUCCAGAAAUCAUAUAGCUAUGUAAUAAAAAAAUAGAUAUAUUUAUUGAAGAAAAUAUAAGAUAUAAGAAAACUUGUACGAAAGACAAUGAUGCCUAAGUCCCCUUCAAAGUAGAUACCUUGGGACCUCACAGUUCUCUGAGCAUCUAUUCCACUCUUCAAAACACCCUGCAAAAUCCUUUGUUGGAAUCGCCAUCAGCUGCCCUGUCAUAUUUUCCUGAAACUCAUUGACCACCUGAAAUCUCUUCCCUUUCAAAGGUUAUAUUAGUUUUGGGAAAAGCCAAAAAUCUCAGGAUGCCAAAUCUGUGAUGUAGGGGGGCUGAGUGAGCUGGGUGAUUUUGAUGUUACACCAAAACUCUGCAAGAUUGGUGAUGCAUGAGCGGUUGCAUUGUCAUGAUGAAGCUGCUAAUCACUGGUUGUCCACAGCUGUGGCAGUUUUGGAUGUAUUGAUCUCUGAACUGGCAAAGUACAUUGAGGUAGUACUUAUUAUUAAUUGUUUGGUCUGAGGGUGCAUAUUCAUGAUGGACAACACCUUCCCAAUCAGAAAACAUGGUUAACAUUUUCCUGAUCUUGCUGCAACUUUGCUGGGCCUUCUUCAAGUGUGGAGAACCAGGCAACUUCCAUUGGUAUGACUGUGCCUUCAUUUCUGGGUCAUAGCUAGAGACCCACGAUUUAUCUCUGGUUAUGUAUGACGUUAUGAGGUAAUCUGGUCCAUUGGUAGUGGUUUCAAUCAAUUCAUUAGAAACCAGAGCCCGAUAUUGUUUCUGCUAUGGUAGCAGAAGCCACAGAAGGAAAUUUGCCAUAGUGCGUUUCAUGCCAAGAUGCAGCGUCAAAUUCUCUGACAGAGUAGUUUCUGGAGUCCCUUGAUCAGAUCAGUUUCCAGUUCUUGCACUGUCAGUCACCGAACUUUGUUGAUUACAUGUUGAUUACACAUGUUCAAUAUUUACAGAUGUUCUGAUCGCUUUCAACAGACUCUCAACCAUCUUUGAAGCCUUCAUGUCACACUUUUUUUUUGCACUGCACUCAUAGCAUCAUCCUCAAAGCCUUCUGAAUCAUCCAAAUAGUUCCUGUAGAGAAAAGUUGGAGCUUAGCACAAAAUGUGAUGCAGAUUCAUUGCUUUACUUGUUCAGUCAUUUGAAUGUGAUGGCCACGCAGUACACAUGUUCACUCAGCAGCAUCUACUUCCCCCCACUGACUAACUACUACAGUGAAGUCAUCAUUGUUUGUGAAUGUGCAUUCCAGUCCAUUCUCCUUGGCAGCCAGGUUACAUGAUGUUGUGCAAACUAUUCUCAUUAUAUUAACAAUGACUGGACUUUUUUCAGACACACCUGGUCAUAUAUAAGUAUAGGCACAUGAUUUUUCAAAAAGUCACAUUGAAGCAAAAAAGGUAGGUAAUUACUAUUAUUACUUUUCAAGAAAUCAAUAAAAAUUAUAUCUAUUUUUGUCAGAUUGGCAAAAAAUGUAUAUUUUUGGUGUGCCACAGAAUUUUAGUAAUUACUUGAUGUGUCCCAUGAGUGAAAAAUAUUGAAAAUUGCUGGUCUAUCUAAUAAUUUAGAUAUCUAUAAUGUGAUUUGUAGGUGGGUAAAUAUAAAGUAUGAAUACACUGUAUAUUUUUUAUUUCCUUUUCAUUUUAUCUAUGUGAGAAGAUGGAUGUUAGCUCAACCUAUUGUGGUAAUCAUUUUGCAAUAUAUGUAAAUCAAACA